UGUUCAUGCUGAAAACAAGAUUAUGGAGAUAGGUUGCUAACAUCGAAGUGUUUAUACGGUUACAUGCCUAAGUUUUGAACUUAUUAGUGUAGUUAUAGAACAUCAGGUAAAUACACACCUUGUUCUAAAACAAUGAAUGUAUUGGUAUCCGGCUACUGAACAUCGCUUAAUUAGGAAUACCGACUGGCCGCAGGAGUGUGGCUAGCUGUUGUCAGAAAAUCGGGUCACUCAAUACUGUAUCUUCAACAAACUGGACAAGACGUUGGAUUUAGUCGGUUUCAAGGCGGGCUCAGUGGGCGCGCUGACCCCACAAAAGAAGAUGAAGAAACGAAAGGAACUCAACGCUUUGAUCGGCCUGGGAGACAGUAAGAGAAAGAAAACUAAGAAAGGGUCUGGGCAUAGACUUCUCCGAACCGAACCACCGGAUUCGGAAUCGGAAUCCAGUUCUGGCGAUGAUGAAUUCAACAAUCUUAACAGUGUUGCAGCUUUCGGAAAAAGAAGUUACGCCCGUUGCUGCAGUAUCUGCUACCCGCUGUGUGUGUUCGUCAUUUUGGCUGCGUGCGUUAUGGCCUGCGCAGGGUUAAUAUGGAUGCAGAUUGCACUGAAAGAAGAUCUGGAUUCCCUUAAAGAUCAGCUUCAUUCAAUGGAAUCAAGCCAGAAGGUUUCCUCUCAUGAAAUCCUGAAACUGAAUGAGGAGCUAAAGACGAAGCAGCGGAAACUGGAGGACAUGGAGAGUGGGGAGAGGGGUCUAAACAAACUCUGGUCUAACCUGACAGAGAUUAACAGAAAGAUAAAUGCUCUGGAUUCAGCAGUUAUUCACCUGAAAGCCAACAUCAAAUCUGCCUCUGAUCUGAUUCAUCUCCCCACUACAGUUGAGGAGAUCCAGAAGAGUGUUGCCACCAUUGGGAGCACCCUGACCAGUGUUCAGCAUGACAUGACUGUCAUGCAGACCUUUGUGGAGGAUCAGAGGAAACAGGCUAACAGCCAAAGCACUGACAAGAAGGACAGUGAAAUAAAACCGCUGAACGUCAUAUUUGACUCCAACAAAGGAUCAUCAAAUCUCUCCUGUUCUUCUCUUAAAGAGGACAUAAGGGAGCUGCAGGAGAGCUUUGGUGAAGUAAACUCUACACAGGUGCUUCACCAUGCCUGGACCAGAGAGCAGUUCAGCACUGUACAUUCUGCCUUGUCCAGUCUCACCCACAGACUGUCCUCAUUAGAAAGCAGCUCCUCCACAUCCCAACCCAACGAUUUACCGUUAAAGACUGAGAGUCUCACCAGGACACAGGCUGCUGAGGGACCACAGGAUCUUCCUGACAACACCAAACGGUCCUCUGGAUCAAAGCCGACCCGGCGGCCCAGAUUCCUGUCUCCGGACCGCGUCAGGAGAAAGCGCUCCGAGACUCACAAAACUGUGUCAUUCCCUGGAGUCAGUACCCUCAAAGAUCUUGAAAUGCGCUUUCAGCACGCUCGGUUGGACCAAACAGCAGCAGGUGUGUCUUAUGAGGAGCUGAGGAGGUUGUUUGGACCCUCCACCCCUGAGGUCAGCGUGCUUGCAGAUUUUGACAGUGAUGGGGACCAGCGGUACUCUUUGGGUGAACUGCAGGCCGCUGCAGGCGUUUGAAGACUGCUGUGGAUACAUGUGGUCCCAGGCUGUCUGUUUGAGAUGAGUUUGGGUCAGUAACUAUUUACUGUUGAAGAACCAGGCUGGAUGGGAAUGAUGGGGUGUCAAAGGCCGAAUGGCGCUCAGCCAUUGAAGGAAAGUGGAGUUUGGAUCAGGGCUGGUGUGAAUGUGUUAUUUCACUUGAUUGCUGCACUUUUCCCUUUCUUUUACUCAGUGUUGUAGCUGUUGUGUCGACUUUCUGACCCAGGGCUGUCCCAGAGUGCCACACACACAGGCACUUUUCAGCUGUGGCUCAUGCAGAUCACCAGGGCCACUGUUUGACCUAUUCUGAACAUCUAACAUCUCCUGAACAAAAUGCUUCUAAGACAGAACAACAGAUAAGAUUUUAAUUUUUGCGUGGAAGGUGUAUCUUAAGCUUUUUUUGUCUAAUACACAUGAAUGUGACUAGCCAAAACUGAAUACUAGUUUUAUAUACUGAUUUACUACAUGUGACUUGUUUCACACAUUCUCACAUAUAGAUAUGAAUGAUUAUUUCCUUCAAUGUCCUCCCUCACUCACUGCUGUCUAAAUGUCCUCGCUAAUCCAGCAAAGAGUUUUCAUAUA